CGGUCGACACCGGAAGGUUGUGUGUUGUCGUGAGAACAGUGUGAUCUCCGCCGAGGCCGAAACCCACCCCUCAUUUCUCGUCCAUCAUUUCUCAUCUCCGGUCUAUUGGAUUUGGGUGGGACACCCCAACGGCCGGAGAAAACCGUUUCAUUCUUCUGGCUGCAUUGCAUAAGUCUCUGUCUGCCCGUGUAUGACUGUAGGUAUUUGCAGUCCUCGUGAUUGCUGCUUCAGUAUGCAGCAUGAUUUCGACUACGUAAUUAUGGAAGCAGAGCAGCGCGAUGAUGUCGAAAGCCCCUCCACCAUCAGCAAAGAAAAAGAAGCAUUUCCCCAGCUUUUUGCCCUGUCGGAUGAGUCUUGGCGACAUUGGCAGCCGGCAGAUUGGCGCUGACCCACCCGGGCAUGAUGCUUGUCCACCACCAUGCACCAAUCAGCCCCUGGAAUGCAAUACAAAAGCCAACGGUGGAGAGCCGCCGUCAUCUCUGAAACCCAGUCGCAGUCUCACGCUCACUCAUCUUUUUGUCUCGUCUUCUUUGUUUUUGGACUUUUGAUAUCGCCGCCCUUCCAAACAAACAAACAAAACUGUACUUUCCGUAUAUUCAGAUGGAGAUUCUCGCCUCGUCUUUUCGAACAGACCCAGCAACAGCUCACGAGUUCCGAGAAACACAUUAAGCUCGAGUUGGCCGGCUUCAAACGUCGGCGCGCGGCUACGACUCAGCUAACAUAGACUAUAACAAACAGGCCGCAUUUUCGGAGGCCAUCCUGACAACAUCUAGUGGUUGGCAACGCCCAGCUUUGCAGACGGUUUCACCACCCACAGUCUGUUGCGGCACGAGCCCAGCGGACUCGUCCGGUCCUGCAGUGCGCGCCUUGUGAAGCAAUCCUGGGGCACAAGACACUGACAUUCCACGCAUCUUGGGAACUGUGACCCACUCGUGGUGUUGGACUUAUUAUUUUUCUUGCGAUCGGUUGGUUCCUGCAUCUCAACAUCGGGAGCCCCUGCGCCGCUGUCUCCUGCUCUGUCCACGCCUUCACACCACUUGACCACCUGUCAUUCGGGCUCGGUCAUAUAUUCUGUCUCUUACCACGAGGGUGUCCUUCGCUUAGCAUUCCCGUCAACCCGAUCGAUUGACCAACCCUCUACUCACUGCUCGAUACUACCUCUCAUCUACAUGCACAAAACACCAUGGCCGCCGAGGUUCAGACACAGUUGGCGACCAUGUCGCUUGGUGCCAAGCCAGAAGAGGCUCGUCGCGAAUACGUCGAGCUCCCGCCUACCUCUAUUGCGAUCCCACCGCAGCCGACAGCCAGGUUGAUGAGCCGCCUUGCAGACACCUACUCUCCAGUCAACCAAAAUGGCAGUUUCGAGUUUGACCGGGUUAUCAAGAGUGGCUACGUACAGAAGCGUGCGCGAAAGACAAAGACAUGGAGAACUUGCUACAUCGUCCUUCGCCCAAGCACACUCUCAAUCUACAAGUCGGAUAAAGAGGAAAAACUCCGACACAAGGUCCACCUGGCAGAUCUGACUACCGUGGCCAUGCUCAAAGACCCCAAGAACAAGCGCCCGAAUGUGUUUGGCUUGUUUUCGCCCUCCAAAAACUACCACUUUCAGGCUUCGUCUCAGCAAGAUGCGCAAGAAUGGGUGGAUCUUAUCAGACAGGGUGCCAGGAUAGAAGAGGAGGAGGAAGAGAUGUUUUUGGCGAGCCCGGCAGUGCGACGGCCUUCUUUCUUCAACACCUCUCCGACUCACGAAGUAGACCCGCGGAACACUGCGAGCGCAAUGGAUCGGCUCGCAUCAAGCUCCCCAGAGCCGCUCGAAGCCCCGCCACGAACCUUUGCCAGGCCCUCCCCGCGGCGGCCAUCGCAUCUGGAAUCCUCGGGCAUGUCGGGAACUGAGCUCGCAUCGCAUUCGGACUUUUCAGAUUAUGAUGUCCAGAGGGUUCACGGGGCGUCAUUUGAGAGUCUUGGCGUCCAGUCUCCCCCAACGGCAUCGAGCGGACCAAGCAAGGCGCCGCAAGGAGGAGGAGCACCAGGGGCGCAAGCCGUACCUAGUGCCAGCCAGGCAAGCGGCAUCAAUCUCGAGCAAGACCCCGACCGGAUCAUCUGGCAAGGGUGGAUGUCUUUUUUGAGGAGCAAGGGAGGUGUGCGACAGUGGAAGAAGUCAUGGGCCGUACUGCGACCCAGAAACUUCAAGCUUUACAAGGACGACUCGGAAUCGUCAGUUUUGUUCAUCGCCUACCUAUCCAACAUUGUCAACGUGGUCGAUAUCGACCCCAUGAGCAGGACGAAGAAGCACUGCUUGCAGAUCAUCACGGACGAGAAGAGCUACAAGUUUUGCGCGACAGACGAGGAAGCGCUGGUUCGAUGCCUGGGAGCAUUCAAAAGCCUCUUGGCCAAGAGGAGGGAACUCGAAGCCAAGGUGGCAGCGCCAGCACCCGCCCGUCCCGCUGCUUGAAUCUUUUUUUUCUUUUUCGUGUUCAUUUUCAUUGUUGGCUCUUCAAAAAGGAUAGAUACCCUUGUUUCUGGUUCGUUGGACAUGUUUCUCUUUUUUCUUCUUUUUUUUUUUUAGCACUGUUGGAAUACCCGAUGAGACAAGCCAAGUCACUCUUUUCUCGUCUCGGACAGAGAGGUUUGAGUUUGACUGGAGUUGUUGUCUCAUCACAUCACGACAGACUUUUGGGGUUGGGCUUAGCACACAUAGUUUUGGCGUAUGCAUGCAUGGCACACACAUCACUGUUUUUUUUUUUUUUUUUGGUGGUACAGAAGCAUGAGCAUGGCGGGCUGCUUGCUUUGGUAAUAGCGUUGAGAAAGUGCGUUCGUUUUUUGAACUUUGUUAAUGUUUCACUUUACGACUUUAUGACGCAGACAUAGCAAUGAUGAGAGGGUUGUAGGUAUAUAUUUGUGGGUGUGGGUUUAAUGAAGAUUGAGGUUUAGGGUGGAGAGAUAG